CCAAACCUUCCAAGAAUGAGUCGCCCGGUGAACGGUCGCCAUGGCAACGCCGUACACGAUGAAGGGAUCUUCAUGUUCACUUCAGAAUCUGUGGGAGAGGGGCACCCUGAUAAAAUCUGUGACCAGAUCAGUGACGCUGUGCUUGAUGCCCAUCUUAAACAGGACCCUGAUGCUAAAGUUGCAUGUGAGACUGUCUGCAAGACUGGGAUGGUGCUGUUAUGUGGGGAGAUCACCUCUCGUGCCUUUGUUGAUUACCAGAAGGUGGUGAGAGACACAAUACAGUACAUUGGAUAUGACAAUUCCACUAAAGGCUUUGACUACAAGACCUGCAAUGUGCUGGUUGCCUUGGAGCAGCAGUCGCCUGACAUUGCACAGGGAGUCCACCUAGACAGACACGAAGAUGACAUUGGCGCCGGAGACCAGGGACUGAUGUUCGGAUACGCCACCGACGAGACCGAGGAGUGUAUGCCGCUGACUAUUAUGCUCGCUCACCGGCUCAACGCCAAGAUAGCCGAGCUCCGACGUGACAGCACUCUCCCAUGGCUCAGGCCUGACUCCAAGACCCAGGUGACAGUCCAGUACAGCCAGGAGAAUGGGGUGGUCGUUCCGACUCGUGUGCACACUAUUGUUAUCUCCGUGCAGCACGAUGAAGAUGUGACGGUGGACGAAAUGCGGUGUGCUUUGAAGGAGCAGGUGAUUAAAGCUGUGGUGCCCAACAAGUACCUGGACGAUAACACUGUGUAUCACCUCCAGCCCAGCGGGAGGUUCGUCAUUGGAGGACCCCAGGGUGAUGCUGGAGUCACCGGGCGGAAAAUCAUUGUUGACACGUACGGGGGAUGGGGAGCUCAUGGUGGCGGUGCCUUUUCGGGCAAGGAUUACACGAAGGUUGACCGAUCGGCUGCCUACGCUGCUCGCUGGGUGGCCAAAUCCCUCGUAAAGGCUGGACUCUGCAAACGUGUCUUGGUGCAGGUCGCCUAUGCCAUUGGGGUCGCUGAGCCACUCUCUAUCUCUGUUUUCUCGUACGGAACCUCACAACUGGGCGACAAAGCAUUGAUGGAAAUUGUGAAAAAGAACUUUGACCUACGACCUGGAAUGAUUGUCAGGGACCUCAACUUGAAGAAACCAAUCUACCAAAAAACAGCUUGCUACGGCCAUUUUGGCAGGAGUGAAUUUCCUUGGGAAGAUGUCAAGAAGCUGAAUUACUGAUGUAUCCCAGCCUGGUCCUGAAGCCACUGCUGCUGCUGUCCGUCGCGGUGAACUACAGAGGGGUAAUUUGUCCUGAAAUUCCAUGAUAGACUGGCUUCGGCCAGUCCACGUCAGAUCCUUGCCUCCAGGAGGGACCAAAUCAAAAUCAGUGGGAAGAAUUUAAUCGUCAAUAACAAUGCCAUGUUGGAGAAGAGUUUCCUGGGAGUUUCCAUGGAGACUUCUGUUAUUCUUUGCAUUGCUGUCGUUAACAGAACCGUAACAGGCUCCUCUUCCUGUCAUAGGGAUAGGCACCACCAAAAUUCCACAAAUCUGAACGGUAGCUUCAGCCCAGUACCUCCAAGCCUGGUGACAUGAGACAUAACCCAAUACUGAAUCACAAAGUGACCAAAAUGAUGGAUGCUAAUACUUACAUUCCCUGAAGGUGGAGUGUUGAGGUGCAAAGCUGCAUCCUACUGUCAAUGGCAUUUCAAUUCUGUUCUCCUAGAUGACCCCAUCUCACAAAACAAGGGAACAUUCCUCUCUCCUCUGUGUUUGAGGGUUGAAAUCGGUGCACCCUGAAAUUUGUCAUUCAAGUUUCCUGGGCAUCCUGUGCAGCAUGCAGUUAGUGCUAAAAUAACGUUUAGGGGCCUCCCUGCCCCUAAAGAAACCAUAACCUGCCUUAAAGUAGAAAUCAGUGACUUACAAUUCAUGGUAUCAUUAUGAAUUUGGAGCAAGGGUAUGACAUUUGCCCCCACAUCGAUUCGACAGGAUUGUGGCUGAAUAAUUGUGAGCUCAGCUUUUCUGGUUGUCCCUAAUGCCCUGAAUCUGGCCAGCUCUACCUUAAAGAACAUUCAGUGAUCUUACCUCCACUGUUCUCUCGGAAAGAAAAUUCCAAGGACCUCAUGGAUCUCUGGGAGAAAAAAAAUCUCUUCCUCAUUUUAAGUUUAAAACUGGAGGCCCCAGAUUUCGAAGCUCUGCACCACUCACCUCCCUCUCCCCCCCCCCCCCUCAAGUUCUAGCCUCUCCCACAGGGGAAACAUGCUUUCAGUAUCUUCCAGAGUAUUCCCCUCAAA